AUGAAACUAGUACGUUUUCUUAUGAAAUUAACCCAUGAAAGUGUAACAAUAGCACUUAAAAAUGGUUCGAAUGUCUUUGGUACAGUUAUAGGUGUUGAUAUGUCAAUGAAUACACAUUUAAAAUCAGAUUUUUCUAAUGCCUGUAAACUAUCUCGAGCAAUUGUUAUCUUUGUAGCUAAACUGACACCGAAAAAUGGUGAACCGAUUGCAUUAGAUUUUAUUACGAUACGUGGCAAUAAUAUUCGAUAUUUUAUAUUACCCGAUUCACUACCGUUAGAUACUUUACUUGUUGAUGAUACGCCAAAAGCGAAAGCCAAACGUGAACGUCCAGGUGCUGGUGGUAGUUCACGUGGUCCGAGAGGAAGAGGUCGUGGCAGAGGUCGUGGAAGAGGUGGUGCUUUUGGUGGCGGCGGACGUGGUCGAGGAAGAUAG